AUGGCAAAAGAUGGAAAUCUUAUUACAAUUCUUAGCAUUGAUGGUGGGGGAGUAAGGGGAAUUAUUCCCAGCAUGGUUCUUGUUUUUCUUGAGUCUCAGCUCCAGAAGCUGGAUGGUGACGAUGCAAGGAUUGCAGAUUAUUUCGAUUUCAUAGCUGGUACGAGCACAGGUGGUCUUGUGACAGCCAUGCUUACUGCACCAAGUGAAAAGAAUCGACCAAUGUUUUCUGCGGAAGAUAUCAGCAAGUUUUAUAUUCACGAGAGUCCUCACAUCUUUCCUCAAGAACUCGAAGAACCCGAUAUGAAAAAUGGAGCAUUUUCUCCAAAGUAUAGUGGGAUUUACUUACACAAGAAAAUCAAAGAAAUGCUUGGCAGAAGAAAGCUUCAUGAGACUCUAACCAAUGUGGUAAUCCCUGCCUUUGAUAUCAAGCUCCUCCAGCCCGUUGUCUUCUCCUCCCUAAAGGCUAGAUUUGACGAUUCAAAGGAUGCUUUCCUGUCAGAUGUCUGCAUUGGCACUUCUGCUGCUCCAUAUUACCUCCCUCCAUAUCAUUUUCAACACAAUUCAUCCGAAGGCACCCGAGAAUUCAACCUUGUUGACGGUGGUGUUGCAGCAAACAAUCCUACUUUGCUAGCAAUUCGAGAGGCGAUGAAGGAAAUGUCGCGAGAUGAAGAUUCCCAACGCUUGGAUUACAGUAAAUUUCUUAUCCUCUCCCUUGGAACUGGAUCAUCAAAGAGGGAUGAAAAGCUUGAAGUUGGCGAUGGCAAGGAAUGGGGGCUCUUCAGUUGGUUUAUGGGGCCUAAUGGCACCACUCCUUUAUUUGAUGUUGUGCUCACUGCAAUGGAUGACAUGGUAGAAAUAUACAUGUCUGUUUUAUUCCAAGCCUCCGAUUCCAAAGACAAUUAUCUCCGUGUUCAGGUGGAUAGCUUGAAAUACAUGGAAGCCGCAACGGAUAAUUCAACGAGAGAAAAUCUCGAGAAUCUGAAAAAGAUCGGGAGGGAAUUGUUGGAAAGACCUGUUUGUGUAGCAAACUUAGAAACUGGUUUAUAUGAACCAGUAGAAGACAGGGGCACAUAUGCAGAAGCACUAAUCAAAUUCGCGAAAAAAUUGUCUGAAGAAAAAAAGCGUCGACUAAUCUGUCAAACAGAUUAA